AUGCCUUCCGAUAUCCGAAUAUUUUUAUACAUCGAAGGCUUAGGUUGGAAAACUACGUUAGAAGACACAAUAUUAACUGUUCCAACCGAGGAUUUUAAAAAAAUGCAGUGGAUUCAUGUUGCUCGUAAUUAUCAAUUAAGAAUCCAACGUAAAAACAGCGACGCUUUGAAAUUUGAUGGGUUUCUCAAAGAUGUGAGUGGUUUAGCUUCUGUGGAAUUGCGAAACUUGAUUGAUUUUGACACAUUAGGAGAAUUAAUAAAAUCAAAUUAUCAAUUGAAUCUUGAAAUCAAAGAACUCGGUGUUAAAGGUUGGAACUGGGACAAAACUUAUUUUCAAGAAUAUGGAUUAUUCCAAUAG